AUAUUUCAAGUUGGAAGAACUGACAAUAAAAAGCGUUGUGAACAAGUUUUCGUAUUUAAGUUUAACCUCUUUCUUGAUUGUCUCUGUCCUUUUUCAAAAAUUACAAUGCUUAAAUGAGGAAUCUUGUUUUCAAAAUACUUAUAAUUAAAUUUGAUUUUUCAUUUGAUUUAACGUUACAUAUUGCAUGUGGUGUGAUUGUUUAGUUAGUUUUGUUAGUUUUGGUUUCUAUAUUUUAAUGCACGUUUGUAGCUAGAUUGUCAUUUCCAAUAAUUACUAUAUUCAGAUAUAGCAUGCCAAGAAAUGUGCCGUUAAGUGUUUUAGACGAGGAGAAGAUAGAGAGUGGGGGUGGAUUAGCUAAAGCGACAGAACGGGAUCGAGAGAUAAUUUACAAACAGUUCAUAUCCUGGGUUUCAGAUCAAACUAAGGAGAACAGAGAUAUUUCUCUCUAUGAUGAUACAGAUUUAGAAAGAUUCGUUUGGACUUUCUUUUUCACAAUGCGUGUUACUCCUAAGGGGAAGUUUGUUAGAAAUGAGAAAGUAGGCCGGCCAAAAUUGAAUACCGCACUGAAGCAUUUUUCUCAACUGAAGAUGUGUCUGAAAAUGAAGCAUAAGAUUGAUUUGGAUGAUGCUUGCAAGUUCCCAAAUAUCAAGAAGAAGAUGAAAGCGUUUAGGGAGCAGUUGGCAGAGGAAGGACUAUCUCAUACCACUCACCAUUCAGAAAUACCGGCAGAUACAAUUGAUAAAAUAUACAAACUUAUUUAUCAUGUGGAUAUGGUGCUAAGUAAUAGGGAGAACAAGAAGGUUGUGGCUGAGCAUUUGGCUGAAAUCAAUCCAGUUUAUCACAACAAACUCCAUCAUCUAGCCCAGUGGGGUGCACAGGUGAAUGAAAAUUCUAUUUUUAAGAAUGUAAACAUCUGUUAUAAUUUAAUACAUAGAAUAAAAUUCUAAAUAUUUUUAGCUGAUUGUUACGUUCUUUGAUAUUCGUCGUGGUGUGGAGAACAUCGACAAGUUGAAGGUUGAACACUUUGUGAAAAAGGAUGAUGAAAAUAGACAAAUAUCCUACUGGAAAAAGGAAAUUCAUUAAUCCAUUUAAAUCCCAAUUGAUUAAAAAACUUUUGAAUUAAAAGAGAAAACAAACAAAUCUUCCCAUUUUUUUAAAUUAAAAAGAUGAAUUAUUAAAAUUUAGGUAACGUUUGAAAAAGAUAAAAAUCAUAAAGUUGGACAGGGAGAGGUGGAUAAUUCAGGGUUCAUUCCGUAUAUCCAGAUUAAUGAAUACUUUAAUCCUGGUGCUCUCUAUGAAAGAUAUCUCUCAUAUCUGCCUACUCCAGAGUCUGGAACAGCAUACCUGUUUAAUCAGCCAAAGGUUCUGUCUAAAACCUUUAACUUUAUGGAUCCAGAGUGUAAAGUUUUCUAUGAAGCUAAGAAGAAGGUUGGAAUUAAUACUGUAAGAAACAUGCUUCCGGAGUUAUGUACAGCAGUAGGAGCAGAACGACAAACGAACCAUCAAGGAAUUAAAUUCAUGUAGACCUAAACUUAUAAAUAACAAGAAAGUUAGUACUUUCAAUGCAAAAGAAAAACAGUU